AUGCCACUCAACGUCAUCGUUAUAGGUGCGGGCAUAGCGGGUCUCACUGCGGCAACCUCGCUGUGUCAAGCGGGGCAUUCGGUACAGAUCUUCGAAAAGUCGUCGUUCAAAACCGAAGUCGGCGCCGCACUAAACCUUCUCCCCAACGGAGCCAUCGUGCUAAAGCAUCUUGGGUUCGAUUUUAAAAGAGCCUUGGUAAGGCGCCACGCAACGCUUGAAACCGUCAAUGGCAUUGACCUAGCAUCCCUCACUCGAAUCGACCUAAGUGAUGUAGAGGACAAAUACGGUGGUCAUAUGCAGUCGGUUCUUCGAGCAGAUCUCCACUCAGAGCUACUACGCCUCUCGCAGCUCGCUCCGAAUCCCGCCACUUUGCGACUUGGAAGUCCUAUCAAACGUAUCAAUGCUGUCGAAGGGGUUGUCGAGCUGGAGUCUGGAGAAAUUCACACAGCAGAUUUGAUUGUCGCAGCGGAUGGCGCGCGGUCAAUCUGCAGAAGCGAAGUGCUUGGCUUUGAUCAUCCACCCGCCGAGUCUGGAAACUAUGCUUUUCGCUUCCUCGUACCCACGGCUGAUAUCAGGAACUUGAAUGAGAUCAGAGAAAUGAUCCCGGGGAAGCUGCACGGCGCCAGCAUCUUGGCGGAUGUCAGCGACAAACUCAAGACAAGGCACUUGGCGUGGUAUGAAUGCCACGGCGGUGAAUUCCAGAACUUUGUGGGCAUAUAUCCUGCCGCUCAGCAUGUACAAGAUGUGGAUAACCGGUCGCAACUCUUAUCCCAAUUCAAGCAUUUUCACCCUCGCAUUGUCGAGAUACUGAGGCUUGCUGAUGAUGUGAAGGUCUGGCCACUUCGCUUUGAUGACCCGCUACCAGAAUACACUCGGGGCAGAGUGAUCCUGAUCGGAGACGCAGCGCAUACUAUGCUCCCCUUCAGCGGCCAAGGAGCAAACUUAGCCAUCGAGGAGUCGGGGUUGCUGGGAGAGUUCUUCAGGCAUGCCAAGGCGGCUGAGAUACCUGCUGAGGUGCAGCGAUUCGGAUCGGUCAGGAGGAAACGCGUCGUCACGAUCAAGCUUCUCUCGCGGAUCAGAUUCGGUAAAGAGAACGAUACAGCAUACAGUCUCCUCGCGCACGACGAACUUGAUAGUGCAGAUAUUCCGCGUUCUUUCCAUGAGCGUCUACUUUAUGAGUGGAAACAUGAUGUUUACGACGAGGUGGAAAAGUUAGGGCGAAAGUAG